AUGGAGUGUGGCCACAGCUUUUGCCGACCCUGCAUCUACCUGAGCUGGGAAGAAGGCUCAUCGCCACUCUGCUGCCCAGAGUGUAGGCAGAAGUCAGAGAAGACAAACUUUAAAACCAACAUAAGACUUCAGAAACUGGCCACUGCUGCCAGGAUGGACAGAAUGAGGCAGGUCCCCAGCUCACAUGGGCAGGUCUGUGGUGCACACAGCGACGCCACAGGACUACUGGGUGACUUGGACAAGAACUUGUGCUGUGAGUCUGCCUCUGAAUCUUCCAAAGCCAACAGACAUGGCCACAGCCAGCUGCAGUUUGCUGCUGAGGAAUCCAGGGGAACAAUUCUAAAGGAAAUGAAUGCUUUAUGGGAAUUCAUGGAGGAGCUAAAAAUCCAUAUUCCUGAGGAAAUAAGGAAGAAGAGUUCAUUUAUGGAGUAUGUGUCCCUAAGGGAGGAGAUGAUCAAGGCACAGUAUCAGAAGAUGCAUAUGCUUCUUCAUGAGGAAGAAGAGCUGCACCUGCAGAGACUGCACAGCGAAGCACGGGAGCUUUUGCAGCAGCUCCAGGACCGUGAAUCGAGCAUGACCCAACACAUAGAUUGCGUGAAAGAAAAAUACAAAGAGCUGGUUGAGAUGUGCCACAAGCCUGACAUGGAGUUACUGCAGAAUGUGAAGACAGAAUUGGAAAGAGCAGAGCUCAUACGGAGAUACAGGCCCCAGCCAGUGGACCCUGUACUGACUUCUUGGAGCAUCAGUGGACUUCGACAGAUGCUGAAUAAUUUCAGAGUGUCUAAUGGUUUGAAAAAGAAAGUGGCGAGUCGCUACCUACACCUUUCUGAGGAUCUCAGAUAUCACAUAUUUGGAGAACACCGUGAUGCUCCCAGUCAAGGCCCAAGAGCACAGAGUUUUGUUGCGUGGGGUGCACCGACCUUCCGCUCUGGCAAGCAUUACUUCGAGGUGGAUGUAUCGCACUCCUCCAACUGGAUUCUAGGACUCUGUAGUGAUUCCAGCAUAGAUGACCCCGAUACCAUUAUUAACACAGAGGGUGCAUUUUUCCUUUAUUCCAUGAAUCAUGGUGAUGGUCACAUUCUCUGCACCAGUUCUCCAUUUUUACAUCACUAUGUGGAGAGAUCUUUUACAGGAGACGCUGGUGAAGCAAAUGAGAUCAUUUUGGAAACAGAUGCUAGAAAACCAGAGGACCUGAAUGAGCAGAGCAUAACACUCUCUGAGUGGAAGGAUUUGGGCGACCUAGUAAAAAGCCCUGCCGCCGACGCUGCUACCGCCGCCACCGCUGCCACCGCCACCACCGCCGCCAGGACUCAGCUCUGGUGCGUGGAGCUGGGCAAGAGGCGCGUGGCGACGCGGCCUUGGGACUGUGCUGGCUCCAGUGACAGCAGGGAGCAGAGCGGCCCGGGCCCUGAGCGCGACUCCUCCAGGGGCCCUCGCCAUCCUGCUCCUGCUGACGUGGCUGGCGCUGCUGCUGCUGCUGCUGUUGCUGCUGCUGCUGGCGGCUGA